AUGCCUCGCCAACUCGGCGGCGGCGCCCAUAUUCCAUGGCACCAGCUGAUGCUGCUGACCCUCGCAUCAUGCAGCGCAAAUGUCCUCGCAUUGCCCUCGCCAGCCGUCGACCAGAAGAUUCUGCGCCCCAUCAAACCUGAUUCUGAUCCUCUACCACUGCAGCAGCAGCAGCAGCAGCAGCAGCGGAAGCUGAACGGCAGGUUCCUGCAUAUCACAGUUCGGCUGACCGUGGCAAUUGAUGCAGACUUCCACCCCGACGAGCUCUAUCGCGCGCACUCCUCCACCGAAGAAGGCAUCGCAUGCCAUCGCGGCAAAGGACUGGCCGGCUUCUACGGUGCCGAAAAGACAGACUGCGACACGCCCUUUUCGCUUGUCAACGCAACCUUUGCCUGGAUUAAGGAGAACAUUAAGGACGACAUUGACUUUGUCCUCUGGACAGGCGACUCGGCGAGGCACGACAGCGACGAGCAGAACCCGCGACACCAGCCCGAGAUCCUGCGGACGAACCGCUUCAUCGCCGACAAGUUUGUCGAGACCUUUUCCUCGCCUGGAGGUGGGCUCGAUAUCCCCAUUGUGCCCAACUUUGGCAACAAUGACUUCCUCCCGCACAACAUCAUGCUGCCAGGGCCCAACAAGUGGUUCACAAACUACAGCGACAUAUGGCGCCGCUUCAUUCCCGAGGCGCAGCGCCAUUCCUUUGCCUUUGGCGGCUGGUUCUACGUCGAGGUUAUUCCCGACCAGCUCGCCGUCUUCAGCCUCAAUACAAUGUACUUUUUCGAUCGCAACGCCGGUGUCGACGGCUGCGCCCAUCCCUCGGAGCCCGGAUACAAGCACAUGGACUGGCUGCGCGUGCAGCUGCAGAUCCUGAGGGAGCGCGGCGUCAAGGCCAUUCUCAUGGGCCACGUGCCACCUGCUCGGACGGAUAGCAAACAGCUUUGGGACGAGACGUGCUGGCAAAAGUACACUCUGUGGCUCAAGCAGUAUCGCGACGUUGUCGUCGGCUCCGUCUACGGACACAUGAACAUUGACCACUUCCUGCUUCAGGAUGUCAAGGAGCUAACUCCAGAGCUCGGAGCUGACAAUAUUCAUAAACGCGAGUCUCCUGACGAAACCAUGACCAUUGCUUCCAAGGAGGAUUAUCUGCAGGAGUUGCGGGACAAGUGGUCCGACUUGCCCAAGUCUGUUGUCCGUGACAUUGACGAUGAGACGGGGCAGGGCAAGAAGAAAAAAAAGGGGAAGAAGGGCAAGAAGAAGGACAAGCUGGGCAAAAUUGGCGGCAAAUACGCCGAGCGUUAUCAGCUGUCGCUCAUCAGCCCAAGCGUUGUACCCAACUUCUUUCCCACGCUUCGCAUAUAUGAGUACAACAUUACCGGCAUCGAAGACGCGCCCGUGUGGCGAGAUGCGUAUGAUCAGACAAACCCACCUGAGCCCUUGUCGGUGCCAGAGGACAACCGCGAUUACGAGGACAGGGAAGCAAUCAUGGCUGAGAUCAAGAAGAUGAGAAAGGAUAAGAAGAAGAAGGACAAGAAGAAAGGCAAGGCUCGCAAGCCGCCCAAGGACCACGACCUGAUUAUUCCUCUGGACCCUCCUGAGGAUGCGCUGCCUGGCCCAGCUUACUACCCCCAACUGCUCACCCUGACGGGAUACACACAGUAUUUUGCCAACCUCACCCACAUCAACGACGAUCUUCCCGGCGUCGAAGCUGACACCAGCAAGUGGCGUAAGGGCAAACACGACCACAAGGAGCCCAAGCACGGAGACCCGAAUCCCCGCGAGUUCCAAUACCAAGUGGAGUACAGCACCUUUGACGAUAACAUCUACAAGCUGCCCGACUUGACGGUCAAGAGCUUGCUGAGGCUGGCUUACAGGAUGGGCCAGAAAGGGGGCAGCAAGAGCAAGUCAUUCGACAUGUACGAUGACGAAGAUAUGGCCGCAAAGACAAACGAUUAUACAGACGAAGACGAUGACGACGACGAAUUAGACGCAGAAGCAGACAAUGGCACUGACGAUGCGCCCGCGUCAGAACUCAAGAAGGGCAAGAAGAAUAAAAAGGGCAAAGGCAAGAAGAAUAAGGGCAAGAAGGAGGACAACAAGGCUUGGCUGCACUUUCUGAAGCACGCCUUUGUUAGCACGGUUCCCAAGGAGGAGCUGGAAAAGAUGUGA